AUGAAUGACAUGGCUUGGACUGCUCUCAAAGAUUCUCCCAGAGCGUCUUCCCAUCCAAGGCCUCUUUCUUGGAUUGUAGUUGUGGUGGGAGCACUGGCUGUUUUCUUAUUUUGUGCUUCCUGGGUUCUUGUAUCAUCCCCAGUUAGUGCCACGGUUCAGGGUUAUUUUUAUAGUGUAGGUAGUUCAGAGAAGUUAGAUUUUCCCGUGUCUUUAGUGAAUGAAUCUUCUAUUGAUGAUGGUCACUUGGAUACAAGUUUAGAUCGUGUUGAUAAUAAACCAUCCUCUGAGGAUCAGCAUUCUUCCACAAUUUCCAACGAGGUGUCUAAUGAUAAUAAGAUAGAGCAAACUAAUACUGCAACAAAAUCGCAAGAAGACUUGAGUGAGUCUACUCCAGUGAACCUUCCAAUAAACGAGGAAGUGAACAAAGAUACCGUAGUUUCUAGUUCAGGAGAGCUAGUGACUUCGGUCGGCGACAGUGCAGGUGUAUCCAAUAGCAGCUCACCUGCUAAAGAAAGUGCAUAUGUAGCCAGUAGUAACUUGCCUGCUCAAGAAAGUGCAGAUGUAUCCAAUAGUAGCUUUCCUGCUCAAGAAAUUUCACAAAUUGAUUCGAAUACAAGUAAAACUAUGCCAUUGGCAGGUUCCAAUUCUUCCAAUGAGACAGGUAAUAUUAAAAUGGAAGAACCCGCUCCAGUGACUUUGAUCAAUCAGCCCAAUGUUGAAAGUACAAAAUCAAAUGAGACCUCACCAUCUUCUGAUGAUUCCACAUCAACUGUUGUUCCAGCAUCCAUCGAAAAGCAAGAAAGCACAUCCUCUGCUGGUUGUGAUCUGUACCAUGGAAAUUGGAUAUAUGAUCCAUUGGGACCAUUAUACACAAACAAUUCAUGCCCUGUAUUGACACAGAUGCAGAAUUGCCAGGGUAAUGGGAGGCCUGACAAGGAUUAUGAAAAUUAUCGAUGGAAGCCCUCUCAAUGUGACCUCCCACGAUUUGAUCCGAAAAAAUUCUUGGAGUUGAUGAGAGGGAAGACCGUGGCUUUCAUUGGAGAUUCAGUAGCCCGAAACCAGAUGGAAUCAAUGCUGUGUAUUCUGUGGCAGGUAGAGACGCCGAAGAAUCGGGGAAAUCAUAAUAUGCAACGAUACUAUUUUAGGUCCACUUCUGUUAUGAUUGUCAGGAUAUGGUCCUCGUGGCUUGUGAAACUAACAUCCGAACCAUUUGAUUAUGCUCCAGCCGGUGUAGAUAAGCUCCAUCUUGAUGCCCCCGAUGAGAAGUUGAUGGAAAACAUCCCAAACUUUGAUGUGGUGGUUCUUUCUUCUGGUCAUUGGUUUGCCAAGAAGUCUGUGUAUAUUUUAAACAAUGAGAUAGUGGGAGGACAGUUGUGGUGGCCAGACAAAUCUCGGGAGAUGAAGGUUGACAGUGUUAAAGCAUAUGGUAUAUCUGUUGAAACAAUUCUAACUGCUAUUGCUACACUUCCAAAUUACAAAGGGCUUACAAUUGUGCGUUCAUACUCACCUGACCAUUAUGAGGGUGGGGAAUGGAACACUGGGGGAUCAUGCACCGGGAAGGUUAAGCCUCUUGCACCUGGUGAAGGAGUGGAAAAUGUGCACACAAAUAUAAUGCAUGAGCAACAGGUGACAGGUUUUAACCGUGCUGUGCAAAGGGCCAUAAACGGAUCCAAGUUGAGGCUAAUGGAUAUUACUGAAGCCUUUCAGUUCCGGCAUGAUGGUCACCCUGGCCCUUACAGGAGUCCUGACCCAAAUAAGAUUACAAAGCGUGGCCCUGAUGGAAGGCCACCACCACAGGAUUGCUUGCACUGGUGCAUGCCAGGCCCCGUUGAUACCUGGAAUGAACUUGUGUUUGAAAUCAUUAGGAGAGAAUAUGAAGAGUCAAUAGGGUUAGUUUUCGCAUCAGUGAAAAUUGUCGCUCGCUCUUCACAUUCUCAUGAAAUGCAUCCAGUCAAAUCCCUAAUCCGAAAUCGGAACCUUUGUCUAAAUGUAGACUUGCGGAAUUCAAUACCAGUGCACAAAAUGUCCAAACCUCAAAAUGAUCCCCUUUUGCAAUCGGAAACAACUUGUGGAACACUGCUCUAUGAACUUCAGAUAAUAUGGGACGAAGUUGGGGAGUCUGAAUCUGACAGAGAUAGAAUGUUGUUUGAGCUUGAACAAGAGUGUCUAGAAGUAUACAGAAGGAAGGUAGAUCUGGCAAAUCGGUCUAGAGCUCAAUUAAGGCAGGCGAUUGCGGAUUGUGAGGCAGAACUUGCAGCCAUUUGUUCAUCAAUGGGAGAGAGACCGGUGCAUAUUCGUCAGACUGAUCAAAAUGCUGGAAGCCUAAAGGAAGAGCAUGCAAGAAUUCUUCCGCAGUUGGAGGAGAUGCAAAAAAGGAAAUCUGAGCGUAGAAAUCAAUUCAUAGAAGUUCAAGAGCAGAUUCAAAGCAUUUCAAUUGAAAUACAUGGUCCAAAAAAGUAUAUUCCCGCUGUCAUAGAUGAAACUGAUUUAUCCUUGAGAAAACUUGAAGAAUUGCACAGACAGUUACAUGCACUUCAGAUUGAGAAGAGUAGUCGCUUAAAGCAAGUCCAGGAGCACCUGUAUACAUUAAAUUCUCUUUGUUUGGUGCUCGGUUUGGACUUUAAGCAGACAAUUAACGGAAUUCAUCCCAGCUUAGUGGAAUCAGAAGGAUCUAAGAGUGUAAGUAAUGACACCAUUCAGCAACUAGCCGUUGCUAUACAAGAGCUACGGGAAGUUAAAUUACAGAGAAUGCAGAAGCUCCAAGAUCUUGCAACGACAAUGUUGGAGCUCUGGAACUUGAUGGAUACCCCUGUCGAAGAGCAACAGAUGUUUCAGAAUGUUACAUGUAAUAUAGCUGCUUCAGAACCUGAAGUAACUGAACCAAACACCUUGUCUGUGGAGUUCAUCAAUUUGGUUGAGGCGGAAGUAGCUAGGUUAGAAGAGUUAAAAUCAAGCAAGAUGAAAGAGCUAGUAUUAAAGAAGAGAACAGAGCUAGAGGAGAUUUGUCGAAAGACUCAUUUGAUUCCAGAAAUAGAUAAUGCAGUGGAAUAUGCUGUUGAAGCCAUAGAAUCUGGUUCUGUGGACCCUGCUUGUGUACUUGAACAAAUUGAACUUCAAAUUGCCCAAGUCAAAGAAGAAGCUUUUAGUAGAAAAGAGAUACUUGAAAAGGUUGAGAAAUGGUUGGCAGCAUGCGAUGAAGAGUCUUGGCUUGAGGAGUACAACAGGGAUGAUAAUCGAUACAAUGCUGGGAGAGGUGCUCAUCUUACUCUUAAGCGAGCUGAGAAAGCUCGUGCCUUGGUCAACAAAAUUCCCGCAAUGGUGGAUGGUCUGACUUCAAAAACUAUUGCAUGGGAGAAGGAAAAAGGCGUUGAGUUCACAUAUGACGGCAUUCGUCUACUUUCUAUGCUUGAAGAAUACACUAUAUUACGGCAAGAGAAAGAGCAAGAACGUCGUAGGCAACGGGACUUGAAGAAACUCCAGGGACAAAUGAUAGCCGAACAGGAGGCACUAUAUGGGUCAAAACCAAGCCCUUCAAAGCCACAGAGUGUGAAAAAAGGACCGAGGAUGUCAACUGGAGGUGCAACUAGUAGAAGAGUCUCGCUUGGGGGAGCAAUGCUUCAAACUCCAAAGCCUGAUUCAAAAGCUACUCACUCACGUGCCACGAGAAAGACAGACAAAGCGCACCAAAUUGAGCAUCUAAAUUACCUGGAUGAUGGCAUUUCAUGUUUAUCGGCAGCUAGAAGAGGGCUGGAUAUUGCUGGCGUUCCUGUGAAAAAACACUCGUUUGGUACCGGGACUCAAAUUAUAGAAUCAUCUCUGACACGACAACCUUUUUCUCCCAUCUCUUCUAACAAUGUAUCUUCAAAAGCUAAUGUCGCAAAUGCUACAGAUGAGCUAAAUAAACAGGGUGGUGAGAAGUUGCAGAGAACAUUGUCGCUUAACAAUGUGCCAUUCACUACUCCCUCCAAGACAAUUACUGUGGUAGAUGACGAGAAUAGAACUCCAAAGACAAUGCCUAUUCCUUUCCCAGCUACCCCAUCGACGGUUUCAGUUCCAAUGAAUAUGGCCAUGACUCCAGUUCCUUCAUCUAUUAUGAAGAAUAUAAACUUGAAUUCAACUCUCUCCACAUCAGUUCCUUACGGAAAUGACUUGGUUCAAGAGAUUGAAUAUUCCUUUGAGGAAAAAAGGCUCGCUUAUAUGAUGUUGGCAUGA